AUCAACAAGGACAAAGCUGUUUUCCCUCGACCCCCACACCACCCUGUCAGCCCCGAGACAAACUGCCAUUGGAUAAGGUAGAACUGUUCCGCAGGUAUCCUCUGCUGAGGAUCCUAUUCUAUUUCCAUACUUGAUACUCAUCCUUUGGACCUGAACCCGCCUUUGACUCAGGCAGUCAUGGUUACUCCAGUGUUCUCCAUACUGGGCUACAUCUACUCUCUGAGCCUCCUGCCUCUGCUGCUGCCUGGUUCGAGCCAGGGCAGUCCCAUCAUGUCACCUGAGGAGUUUCGAAGGGGCCCUGGGGCUAGAGGUCUGGUGGAUACCUCCAUGUUGGAGCAGAAUGAAGACCUGGACAUGCAGUACUUUCAGGGUCAGUUUCUGUCCACAUUGAACCUCACAGAGCUGGGCCCCCGGCCAAGGCCCCGUGAGGCCCGUAAAGAGCCACCAGAAUACAUGCUGGAACUGUACAACCGCUUUGCCAACGAUCGCACGGCCAUGCCCUCUGCCAACAUAGUGCGUAGUUUCAAGAAUGAAGAUUCCUCCUUCUACAGUGUGACGGUCAGGGGCGUGAGGACACACCCCCUGCUGUUCAACAUCUCCAUCCCCCACCACGAGCACAUCCUCACCGCCGAGCUCCGCCUCUACACCCUGGUCCAAAGGGAUCGCAGAUGCUACGCCGGCCUUGAUCGCAAGGUGACCAUCUACAAGAUCCACGAGGGGGGGCACUGGAGGAAAAAAGAGGGGAGGGACAAAAGAAGGAAUGAGCAGGAGACAGACAAAAUGGAGGAAAUGGAGGUGCUGGCAACCCGGCAAGUCUAUGGUAAAGACGAUGCCUGGAUUACCUUUGACCUGACCCAUCAGGUCAACCUUUGGUGUAAGGCAGAGAGCUUCGCCCACCGACUAGAGGUCCACAUUGCAAGUCUGGGUUCUGAUGGAGGGAAGACCCCCCAGGUCAGAGAAGAGGAUGGAAGGAAAGAGUUGGUCGAUGUGGAUGUUGACAUGGGCUCAGAUGGUAAACACAUGCCAGUGGUGAUUGUGUUCUCAGAUGAUCAGAACAGAGACCAUCGUGAGGAGGACAAGCGGGAGCUCAACCAGUUUACAGAACAUGAGAAUGACCUGCCGGCUGACCUGGAGUCGAGUCCACAGGUGAAUUGGGGGGACCAGGCUGGGAGCGAAGCUAGGAACACUGAUGGAGAGGAGCUGGAGGAGGAGACUCUCAUGCAACUGCACUCCAACCUCAUUUAUGACACGCCUCCCCGAAUCCGCCGCAACACCAAGGGUGACCCCUGUAAGAAGACCCCUCUCUAUGUGGAGUUUAAGGACAUUGGCUGGGAUACUUGGGUCAUACAGCCCCUGGGCUAUGAAGCUUAUGAGUGCAAUGGUGUAUGCAGCUACCCUAUGACCUCUGAGGUCUCGCCUACCAAGCACGCCAUUGUCCAGAGUCGGCUGAGCAGUAAGAUUCCACAGAAGGCAUCACCAGCCUGCUGUGUUCCCACCAAGCUAGAGCCCAUCUCACUCCUUUAUGUCGAGGACGGAGGAGUGGUCACCUACAUGCACAAGUACGAGGGCAUGGUGGUGUCAGAAUGCGGCUGUAGAUAGUCAUAGAACUGACUGUAGGUUCAGGAGAAAGGUAUAGAGACUGUGGAUUAACGUAGACUGAGUGGUCAUCAAUUUCACUAUCAAGAAGAAAAUCAGAUCAAAAGUGCCUAUUUGAAAAUAAUAAAUUUCUGCAAACAUUAAGGAUACUUGCUUUGUGAGCUAUUAGCAGACAUAUAGUGUAAACCAUAUUAAGGGCAUGAAUAAUUUCUAUAUCUAUAUUUUGCAGCAUCAACUACAUUGUAUGACAAAGAUAAACAGUGGAGGCGUAAAUAGAAAGAUGACAGAGCAAGAGGGUCAUGCCUGUAUGUGCAUUCAAUUAUGUACAUUUGCCAUUUGUAAAAGUACAUUUCUUUUUAUAUUGAGAUUAUAUAAAUGCUAUUUUACAAUGCCAGCAAUCUAUUUAAAAAAAAAAGAAUAAUAUAAUAAUAAUAUAAUAAUAUAAUAAUAUAAUAAUAUUAAUAAUAAUAAAGAAAAAGUGAAAUGUGAAUAUCAUGCUGUUCUUUGUAGUUUGUGAUCAUACAUUUGACUCAUUUUGGCAAUAUUGGUAUGUACCGUCAGAUAUGCACAUGUAACAGUAUACUUUUAAACCGUCCCCUCGCCCAUAACCGGGCGCGAACCAGGGACCCUCUGCACACAUCAACAACAGUCAUCCACGAAGCAUCGUUGUUACACAUCGCUCCACAAGCGCCGCGGUCCGUGCAGAGCAAGGGGAAUUACUACUUCAAGGUCUCAGAGCAAGUGACGUAACCGAUUGAAACGCUAUUUAGCGCACACGCUAACUAAGCUAGCCGUUUCACAUCCGUUACACUCACCCCCCUUUUGACCUUCCUCCGCAGCAACCAGUAAUCCGGGUCAACAGCAUCAAUGUAACAGUAUAAUUUUAAACUGUCCCCUCGCCCAUACCCGGGCGCGAACCAGGGACCUUCUGCACACAACGACAACAGUCACCCUCGAAGCAUCGUUACCCAUCGCUCCACAAAAGCCGCGGCCCUUGCAGAGCAAGGGGAAUUACAAGGGGAACAAGGGGAAUUACAACCUUUCAGUUACUAGUCCAAAACUCUAACCACUAGGCUACCUUGCCGCCCCCAGUUUGGCGCUUACCAGGUCAGUACACACACAAAAUGUUACCCAUCCAGCUUCAAUUCGCCAGGGCAUGGACUUUACAAGGGGUCGAAAGCGUUCCACAGGGAUGCUCGCCCAUGUUGACUCCAAUGCUUCCCACAGUUGUGUCGAGUUGGCUGGAUGUCCUUUGGGUGGUGGACCAUUCUUGAUACACACAGGAAACUGAUACACACAGGAAACUGAUACACACAGGAAACUGAUACACACAGGAAACUGUUGAAUGUGAAAAACCCAGCGGUGUUGCAGAUGUUCACACAAACCGAUGCGCCUGGCACCUACUAACCACACCCCGUUCUAAGACACGGCAAUCUUAAUAUAAUAAUAAUAUAUGCCAUUUAGCAGACGCUUUUAUCCAAAGCGACUUACAGUCAUGUGUGCAUACAUUCUACGUAUGGGUGGUCCCGGGAAUCGAACCCACUACCCUGGCGUUACAAGCGCCAUGCUCUACCAACUGAGCUACAGAAGGACCAUUUGUCUUGCCCAUUCAGCCUUGUCUCAAUUGUCUCAAGGCUUAAAAAUGCUUCUUUAACCUGUGUCCUCCCCUUCAUCUACACUGAUUGAAGUGGAUUUAAUAAGUGUUAUCAAUAAGGGAUCAUAGCUUUCACCUGGAUUCAGCUGGUCAGUCUAUGUCAUGGAAAGAGCAGGUGUUCAUAAUGUUUUGUACACUAAGUGUAUAUUAUUAAUGAAAGAUAAACUAUAACAGAUAACUCGUAUAUAUCCUACAUGCUAAGACAAAGAGGCGUAUUCUAAAGCAGAGACUCGUUCAGGUGGAACAAACUUAAACCUGCAUCUUUUUCCAAUUCUGAAUUGAAUGUCAUUGAGAAAACAGAAAGGUGUCUUUUUUUAUUUAACUAGGCACGUCAGUUAAGAACAAAUUCUUAUUUACAAUGACGGCAUACCGUAUAGUAAAAAAAUGUAUAAAUCCGCAAACACCCUUUCUGGAUUUAAAAAUAAUCAAAGAAGUGAUCUAGUUUUUCAAAAGUAUCUGUAAUCAGAUUACAAUAUGUUUGCUGGUAACGUAACUGAUUACAGUUACUAUUUCUUUGUAAUCAGACAACCCUGUGUGCUUCCAUGAUUGACUAGACAUAGCCUAGUGAAAUGUGUUAGAGAUUACACUUUGUUUGAGGUUCUCCAUUAAAGGCAUGCAGAAAAAGCCAAGAAUACAAGUGCACUACAGCAGAAGUGAACCUGAAAUUAAUAUUGCUUUGAAUAGAGUGGCAUUGUGCAAAAAUGGCACGGAACAAUGAACUUGCCAUAUAGACAACCUUUCAAGAGUGUUACGUCAGAGAAGAGAAUGUGAAAGCAAAGAAAAACUAUACAAAAGUGUCAUUACUUUUAUUUAUUGCAGAUCUCGUUUAUCUCUGCAAUACAUCAAACCUCUCCAAUUGUAGAAAACAGAAGCAGAAAGGUACAGAUGAUGCAGAUCCAUAGAUUAUGUUUGUUUGCUAAAUGUUAUUUUUCCUGAAUACAUAAUACUGUCCAUGUCCAUAGAACCAAAUGGUUGUUUCAAAUCCAUUCUAUCCACUUAUUUGUGGGGUAAUCUAUUUGCCCCAGUCUGACUCACACUCCCUCCCCACAAUCACACUUCCUUCUAAAGCCACAUGCCACGCGAGCCACUUUCUCUCCCCCCACCUCAAUGUGAUGGUGAUAAAGAGGUGUCAGGGCCUGGGGACUUGUAGACCAUCACUCAGGAUGAGACGCCAUUCCAAGUGGUGAGCAGUUGGGAGAGGGUGCUGUCAGAUUCCUGGGCCUCAACACCAACAAUCUCUAUGGACGAUCCACCCCCCAGACAGCCUCUCUGUAUUGGACGUUCUCUCUCUACCCACCGCUGCCUCCCACCUAACCUUGUCUGACAUGGCCACUCGGCAGCCCUAAUCAUGGCUUUGUCUACAGGACAGAUGGAAAAACACAUGUCACAUCAUUACCCAGUUUCUGUUGUCAGUGGACUGAAGGCGAGACAACCUCUUUGCAAUAACGCUGAAUGACUGAGUCCAGAUUUGCACUUCACUGCCAUGCAUUUGUGAAUCACAACUAUACUGUACUUACAUAUGGGGCUGUUUCAGAUAUUAUUUCAGAGUACUCACUUUAUGAAUUAUGAUGGUUAUUUAUUUUGUCAAUUUCAUUUGACAUUUAAUCCUGUGGCAAUGAAUUAUCUUCAGGAAAAAUAAACUGUUUUGCAGCAUGAA